UGGCCAAGCUUGUUCAAUACUUCAGUUUCAGAUACUAUAAAAUGCAAAAGAGGAGGCUUCUCUCAUACCUAAUUGCUCACUACUACAUACACAACCCCGCUCUCAGUGACUCACCGUCUGUUAGUGAACCAUGCCGACACUCACUAACGUCGAUUGGCUGGUCCUAUGUCUUGUUGGGGUUGGAGUGUAUCUAGUAAAGCAAGUGUUCAGCAAGAAGAACCCUGCACCAUAUCCACCCGGUCCCCCAGGAUGGCCUCUCGUUGGCAACAUCACUGACGUGCCUAAUAUCAAGCCAUGGCUCACCUUCGCCAAGUGGGGCAAAAAGUAUGGUGACAUAUCGCAUGUCGAGGUAUUUGGUCAGCACGUGGUAGUGCUCAACUCCGUCGAUAUUGCAGCAGAAAUGCUAGAAAGAAAGAGUUCCGUGUACUCUGACCGUCCUGUAUUUCAUAUGGGUGGUGAACUCGUUGGCUGGAAGCACUCCUUGCCUCUUCUCCCAUACGGUAACCGUUUUCUCUGGUACCGAAAGACUUUCCACCACUCCAUUGGCGAUCGCGUCACCUUGGACAAAUACCACCCGAUCAUACAGAUGGAGACCCACAGAUUUCUGAGACAGGUACUUGCAAAACCAGACGAACUGGAGGCUCAUGUUCGACACACUGCUGGCGCGAUCAUUCUGCGCAUCUCUCAUGGAUAUGAAGUGAAAGAUAAUGAUUCCUUUGUUGACCUUGCAGACCGCGCUCUGAGCCAAUUCUCGCGGUCCAUGAGUCCUAAUGCCUUUAUGGUUGACAUCAUGCCAUUUUUGGCCAAGGUCCCCGAGUGGUUCCCUGGUGCUGGCUUCAAGCGCCUGGCCCGUGAAUGGCACGAGACUGCCGAAGAGAUGGUUGAUGCCCCUCACAAGUUCGUCAAGGAUCAGAUGGCUGCUGGUAUUGCGCCGAAGUCUUUCACCUCAUCUCUAUUGGAAGGCCGUACUUUGUCUGCGGAAGAGGAUCACAUGGUGAAAUGGUCUGCUGCAUCUCUAUACGGCGGUGGUUCCAACACGACUGUUUCGGCAAUAUACUCGCUAUUCUUGGCGAUGAUACUUUUUCCUGAUGUGCAGAAGAAGGUUCAGACUGAAAUUGAUGCUGUGAUUGGUCCCGAUCGUCUUCCCUCAUUUACUGACCGCCAUUCCCUCCCUUAUACUGAGGCGCUUACGAAGGAUGUCCUACGCUGGAAUGUUGUCACCCCUGUCGGUAUCCCCCACUGCGUGACUGAGGAUGAUAUCCAUAAUGGGUACUACGUUCCAAAAGGUUCGUCGAUAAUUUCUAACAUCUGGUUUAUGCUCAAUGACCCGCGGACAUAUGAUAACCCCUCACAAUUCACGCCUGAACGCUUUUUGGCCAAGGAUGGAAAGAGUCCCGAGAGAGACCCUCGUACAAUCUGUUUCGGCUUUGGUAGACGUAUCUGCCCAGGUCGUCACCUUGCUAAUCUCACUGUUUGGCUAUCCGUUGUGAUGUCGCUUGCAGUAUUUGAUAUUUCCAAGGUUGUCGAGAACGGUGUUGAAAUCACCCCGGAGCUUGACCCCUCAACAGGUACAAUCAGCCACCCCAAGUCCUUCAGGUGCUCUAUCAGGCAUCGCUCUGCAAAAGCCUUUGAGCUCAUUCAGCAGGAUAUUUGAAAUUUUGAACACAAUUUGAAAUUAUCAUCACACGAAGUUCAUUAACGUCUACUAGUACCAUUCAUGCGCUAGCUGUUGUCAUGGUCGGCCACAGAUUACAACGGAUGUACUAUCUCAAGCUCGCGUGUCACGGACAUUUUGUUGCGUACUCUUGUUGCUGAGUCUGACGACAAACAUGCAUUAUAUUAUAUCUACGUGCGGCGGCUGGAUUUGGCACAGUACUAUGCAUGCCGUCGAGACGAUGUCGAUUAGGUACGGUGAUAGAGAUGACAGGGUCAAUUAAAAUUGUUUAUAGACAACAACUCCAUGUACUGAUAAUUAGCGUGUCGAAGUUGCGC